AUGGAUGACUACAGAAAAACUAUCAGCAUCAGAGAAGGCACAAUUACAGCAGGAUUCCCCUUCAAUGAAAACGUUGGCAAACUCAAGGACAACUUCAACAUUGCCUUUCGCCGGCUGCAGGCUCUCCUUCGGACACUACGAAGCGACGACAAAAAGCUUCAGCUCUACAACAGCACCAUUGAAGACUAUAUCAAAGAAGGAAUCAUCGAGGAAUGUACUCUACAACCAGCAGGAGUAACAUCCUUCUACCUUCCACAUCGACACCACAUUGAAGAGCAGGAUACUCCGAUUACAAAGGAACUAUCUAAGUCUCUCUACGUUGACAAUGUGUUGUUAGAAGGCAACAACCCGCAAGAGCUUAUAGAGAAAUACAUCGCUUCAAAAGAGCUCUUCUCUUCUAUCGGAAUGAACCUCCGCGACUACUUGUCAGAUUCUGCCGAAGUAAACGCACAAAUCAAGGACUUGGAUAGAGCAAAAAGCUGCGAACUCAAAGUGCUCGGAAUCAAGUGGAAAGCUGACGAUGACACCUUAAUCAUGGAAUGUGCAGACAAAGAACAAAUCAAGGUCACUAAAAGAUCUGUACUCAGCCAAAUAAACGGAUUCUGUUUCGACCCGCUUGGACUGCUUACUCCCUUGAUGAUACCGGCGAAGAUAUUCCUGCAGGAUAUACACAAGCAAAAGUUAGGAUGGGACACAAUUCUCCCAGAAGAACAAAUCCAGAGAUGGAAAGCAAUUAAGAAAGAUAUCGCCGGAUUCAAGAAAGCCAUACCACGCACAGUGCUGAACAAGACUCCCGAGGCCAAAUAUACGCUUUCUGUAUUUGUUGAUAGUUCCAAACGAGCUUACGCCUGCUGUCUUUAUACGACUACAUCAACGAAGAAUGGUACGAAGAACACAUCACUCUUUACGGCAAAAGCGAAAGUCGCGCCUAUCAAGAAGGAACAAACUAUUCCGAGACUAGAACUGCUGUCAAUAUUUCUCGGACUAACUGUAGCCGAAACAACCAUGUCAAAAUGCGGAAUAAACUUCACAGAAGUUAACCUGUUCAGCGACUCAACGAUCGCACUAUCAUGGAUAGCUAGCAACAAAAAGCUUCCACCAAUUGUAACCACACUGGUUCAGAAAAUCAGCUUCGCCGCAGAAAGGAUCAGAGAAACAGCCAAACUUAACUUCUUCCACGUCCCAACGGAAGAGAAUGCCGCGGAUUGUGCCACAAGAGGAAUUAACAAGCAAGAUUUCGCUGCUUGCAGGUGGUGGAAAGGACCAACUUGGCUCAGUUACCCCAACGAGGAAUGGCCAGCACGUCCCAUCAGUGACGUCAAAGACAUUGACGAUGACGAAUGCGAAAUGCUCAUUCAAUAUACUACAGAGGAUCCUAACAAAAGCGAAUCCGACUGGCCAAUUGAUACAAUAAGCAGCUAUCCCAGAUUGAAGAGAAUUGUGGCAUACUGUCUACGUUUCAUCCGCAAGGCAAGCAAAAAUACCCGCUUCAAGAUCGCAGAUGAAGAUCAAGUGACAAGCCGUUCGCCAAAUGCAGCUGAAGUUAUCCUUGCUGAAAAGCAAAUUGUCUUGCAAGAGCAACGGAUUUACGGCACAGCUCUCGUCUCUAAAAACAAACAGUUCAAGACUGUGUUCGACAGCGAUGGAAUUCUACGAAAGUGUGGACGCAUACAACGUGCUGAAAUCCAGUCAGAGAUAGCUAAUCCCAUGUAUAUACCUAAACAAAGUAACUCUCAUCACAAAAGGAAGAAAACAGCUCUUCUGGAAACCGAGAAGAUAACGAAAAAGUUCUGGAGUGUUUGGAAACACGACUACCUCCUUGAACUUCGCGACCGUCACCAUGUUUUCAAGAAUGGAAGAACCACAAAUCGCAAACCAGAAGUUGGAGACGUCGUACUGCUUGACGAAGACUCACAAUUGAACAGAGGACACUGGCCCAUGGCUGUUAUAACACAACUCGUACCAAGCAAAGAUGGAGAAAUCAGAAGCGCAAUUCUAAGAACCACAUCUGGAAGAGAGAUUCAAAGACCUCUCAAUCGCAUGGUUCCCCUAGAAAUUCGUUCAACGAUAGAAAACGAAUAUGAGAGACAGGAUCCAACGCCACAAAAAGGAGGAAUAGUGGCCAAGGUUAGAAAAGCGCUCAGAAAGAAACCUACAACUGCACCUGAACCUCGCAAGCAACCACAGAGAGCUGCGAAAAAGCCUGUAGACUACGCAUCUUCUAAUUCCUCCACCAUAAAGAGAAGCGUUUCACAAAUCAGCAAGUCAGUGAUGAUAACAAUAUGCCUGACAGCUCUUCUUUUCAUUGAUACGGCAUCCGCAAAUGUGCUAUCCUGCUCUGAACAUGGAGUGAAAGUCAACACGACUUCGGAAUCACAAUCACAACUAUGUCUCAACUACAAGGAUUGUCUAAAAAUUUCGACGAAGAAAGGAAUAAACGAAAUAGCACUCCCGACAAAGUACCGCACAACAGAACCUCGAGUUCAAUGGCGCACAAUGAUCGGAGCAACACAGUACUCCGACACCAUUAUUUGCCCACCAAGAGACAUUUGCGACAUGGUCAAAUGCAUAGUUUGUGCAGACUUGCUUCGGAAUCCACAUUGCGCCCCCAACACGGCGAUAGCAAUCACAGCAGUUUGCGCAUACCUUAUGAUGCUGCUUAUCUGGCUCAUUUGCUGCACUGGACUUCGAGGAAAACAGCUUCUGUGCCGAACUAACGAGAACGACAUGCGAACGGAAAAUCACGUUGCUUCAGCGAAUGAUCGACUUUCCGAGCUGCUAGGGAGGGAAUCCCGAUCCCUACCAAUCCAAUCGAAGAUGGUCACGUUUGUGGCUUUUGCGACAUGUCUCAUCACAGGAGUCACUUCAUGCCAAUACACUCACACACUCACGUCAAGGAACACCGUCUGCACAAAGAUCAACAACACACUCAGCUGCCGCUACACUAUCGAAAACAGAAUAACUCUGAGUGAGCACCGACCACAAGCCUGCUUCAGGAUUCAACAUGAUAACAAGACAGUUGGCAGCAUGGAGAUACAACUUCAACAUGUCGUACUCCAGUGCAAUCCCGUAGUCUUAUUCUACACCAGAGAUGCCGAGAUAGUGACCGAGUCAGCAAAACGAUGCCAUUUCUCUGGAUCAUGCUCAUCUAACACAUGUGCUCACACAAGCCAACGAUCCUACAUACCUGAACUUCACAACACCUACGAAUUUCCUGGAUACUCAAGGUGCACCUCGUCAUGUGGAAGCAUCGGAUGUGGUUGCCUUCUACCUCUACCUGGAUGUCUCUUCUCCCGCUCAUAUGGAAAACCGCAAAGUGCAACAAUUUACCAAGUGUUCCACUGCCCAACUUGGGAAGAAUCAGCAAUCAUCAAAUACACUUACACAAGUGUGACUGGACGAAGAGAAACGAACACUGCAACAAUUACGGCGCAGACCACUCAUACUCAAAAGGACGCUAACCUAACAUUGGAGUUCGUGACAACGCCGGCAAUUCCGCUGCUGAGCUCUGUGUUUUUACAAGCAGUCAACACCACCAAAGCGGAGACUGCCUUGGUCGACAAAGACGACGUAUUUGCUCUCAGAUGUCCAACGAUGGAAAGCUCGAAAAACCUCUCCCUUUGCCAUAUAGAAGACACUUGCAAGUGCUACCCGACGGAUGACCAAGCUAACUGUAUCUGCAAGAACACGAACAUAUCGGAUCUGACGACAUCGAUGGAUAGCAGACUGCCACUCUCUUCCUCAUUCUUACAUCUACAAGAAGCCCAUGGAAGAGUACUUGGAGUCAGCCACAAAUCCAUAGUCGACGUCACUAUCAGCACGACUGCGGAAUGGAAUACAGCGAGUGUUGUCAACAAUGAAGAUUGCGACAUCACAGCCUCACCGAUUCAAGGAUGCUACAACUGCGUGACCGGCGCACGACUUACCUUCUCUUGUCAUUCACCGCACCCGACAAUGGUGGAGAUAACGUGCACGCAGAACAUCUAUGCUGCUUUCUGCAAUGAAAACACAGUGCAAACAGUUGCUCUACUUCAAUCGACCGUCGCUAACUAUGUCGACAGUUGUUCACUGAGAUGCGGAACGAAAAGCCACGUAUUCAACAUCUCUGGUAUCCUGACAUACCACCCAAACGAAAACGGAGUACUCUUCACGAAUGCUAGCGAGGAAGCUUCAUACGUCAACGUCUACAACUAUCCCGACAUUGGACACAUCAUCAGCAUCGCCCUCUCGUCAUGGAAGAUGCUCGUCGUGGCUACCAUCGCAAUCAUAGCCGCGUUAGCCUUCACCAUUUUUUGUGUCCCAAAAAUCAUAAAAUUGUCAUUAAUGUGCGUGUAA